UCUUCGCUUAACCCCCCCUACCCACAAACAUACACGCUCACAAAAAAAAAAAAAGAAAUGGAAUAGAUUGAUUACCGCCAUGGUGGCUAAGGUAGAGCUCCAAGAGCAGCAGCAUCAGGAGGAACCUUGUUUAGUCGAUUUACAGAAGGUCAAGUCUUUGAUAUGUGCCCUUAACCUCGUCUCUAGAAAUCUUCCCCUCCCUCCUAAUUUAUUCGACGUCGUUUCCUCUAUUUGCUUUGAUGAACAAGAGGAAGGGCUUCUUGAGGCCAUUGAGAAUGGAACCCAGGUUGAGUCUGGAUCUGAUGUGUCUGGACUUGCCCAUACGAAUUUGGAUGAUCCUUCUAUUUCUGAGAAGGAUGAUUUAUUGUGUGACCUUGAUGGUGCACUAUCAAAACAACGAUCAAAAUGCAUGUCAGGUUUUAGCUUGGCAGAAUUAAAGGAAAACCGUUACCAGAGCCACAUUCAUCAUCGAUUGAAUGAACUUGAAGAUUUGCCUUCAAGUAGAGGGGAGGACUUGCAGACAAAGUGUUUACUUGAACUCUAUGGACUAAAGCUAGCAGAGUUGCAAAGCAAAAUACGUUCUUAUAUAAGCAAUGAAUACUGGCUUCAUGCCAACUGUGCAUAUCCUGACAAGCAAUUGUUUGACUGGGGAAUGGCGCGAUUGCCUUUUCAUCCGUAUGGCAUUUUUGUUCCAUUCACUACAGAAGCAGAUGAUCAAACGAGAAAGAAACGGGAUUACGAGAGGCUAUCACGAUUGAGAGAGGAGGAGAGGAACCAUUUGGAGAAUAGAAAGAAGAAAUUUUUCUCAGAAAUAGUUAAUGCAUUCCGUGACUUCCAAUUGCAGAUUCAAGCUGCUCUAAAGCGUCGAAAACAAAGGAAUGAUGGUGUUCUGGCAUGGCAUGGAAGGCAAAGACAACGUGCUACGAGGGCUGAGAAAUUGAGGUUCCAGGCCCUGAAGGCUGAUGAUCAAGAAGCAUAUUUGAGAUUAGUGAAGGAGAGCAAGAAUGAGCGAUUAACUAUGCUUCUUUCGGAAACAAAUAAGCUCCUUGUUAAUUUAGGAGCUGCUGUUCAGCGUCAGAAAGGUGCUAAACAUUCAGAUGGUAUUGAAGAUUUGAAGGAUUUAGAUUCUGAUUCACCUGAGUUGGAUGCUUCAAAGGAUGGAACUCCUCAAGAUUCACUUCCUGAAGAAGAUAUAGAUGCCACUGAUUCUGAUCAGAAUGAUGAAUCCAGUGAUCUACUUGAAGGUCAGCGGCAGUAUAACUUGGCUAUUCACUCAAUUCAAGAAAUGGUAACGGAGCAACCGUCCAUGCUUCAAGGUGGAGAGUUAAGACCGUACCAGUUAGAAGGGCUCCAAUGGAUGCUUUCUUUGUUCAAUAACAACCUUAAUGGAAUUUUAGCUGAUGAGAUGGGGUUGGGGAAAACAAUACAGACAAUUUCAUUAAUUGCAUAUCUCAUGGAGAACAAAGGGGUGACUGGGCCCCACUUGAUAGUGGCUCCAAAAGCUGUAUUACCAAAUUGGAUCCAUGAAUUUUCGGCAUGGGCUCCUAGCAUUCAUGCAGUCCUUUAUGAUGGACGUUUGGAUGAGAGGAAGUCAAUGAGGGAAGAAAUAUCAAGAGAUGGAAAAUUUAAUGUUUUGAUCACACACUAUGAUCUUAUUAUGAGAGAUAAAGCAUUCUUGAAGAAGAUACACUGGUACUACAUGAUUGUUGAUGAAGGCCAUCGGUUAAAGAAUCACGAGUGUGCUCUUGCACGAACCCUUAUUUCAGGCUAUCAGAUCCAGCGGAGACUUCUGUUAACUGGGACCCCUAUUCAAAAUAGUUUACAAGAAUUGUGGUCCCUCCUUAACUUUCUGCUCCCAAACAUUUUCAAUUCAGUUCAGAAUUUCGAGGAGUGGUUUAAUGCACCAUUUGCAGAUCGUGGUGACGUUUCUCUUACUGAUGAAGAACAACUCUUGAUUAUUCGUCGUCUCCACCAAGUUAUAAGGCCGUUCAUCUUAAGGAGAAAAAAAGAUGAGGUGGAAAAAUACCUUCCUGGAAAAUCCCAGGUUAUACUCAAAUGUGAUUUGUCAGCAUGGCAGAAAGCAUACUAUCAGCAAGUAACAGAAAAGGGCAGGGUCGGGCUAGACAACGGGUCUGGUAAAUCAAAGAGCCUCCAGAACCUGACGAUGCAAUUGAGGAAGUGUUGUAACCACCCAUAUCUCUUUGUGCCUACCCACAAUAUGUGGCAGAAAGAGGAGAUCGUUAGAGCAUCAGGGAAGUUCGAGCUCCUUGAUAGGUUGCUCCCAAAACUGCACAGAACCGGCCACCGUGUCCUGCUCUUCUCCCAAAUGACUCAUCUCAUGAACAUUCUUGAAAUAUAUCUGAGACUCAACCAUUUUAUGUAUCUUAGACUUGAUGGUUCAACAAAAACAGAGGAAAGAGGCACUUUGCUCAAGAAGUUCAAUGCUCCAGACUCUCCUUAUUUUAUGUUUCUAUUAAGCACUCGUGCUGGAGGUCUUGGGCUGAACUUGCAGACAGCCGACACCGUAAUAAUUUUUGAUAGUGACUGGAACCCCCAAAUGGACCAGCAGGCAGAGGAUAGAGCCCAUCGAAUAGGACAGAAGAAGGAAGUCAAGGUUUUUGUGCUGGUUAGUGUCGGAUCAAUUGAAGAGGUUAUUUUGGAGCGUGCAAAGCAGAAGAUGGGUAUUGAUGCUAAGGUCAUCCAGGCUGGAUUGUUUAAUACAACUUCCACAGCUCAGGACAGAAAAGAAAUGCUGGUAGAAAUUAUGCGGAGAGGAACAAGUUCGCUUGGAACAGAUGUUCCAAGUGAGAGGGAAAUCAACCGACUCGCAGCUCGCUCAGAUGACGAGUUCCGAUUGUUUGAGAAAAUGGACGAGGAAAGAAGAGCGAAGGAGAAUUAUCGGUCUCGUCUCAUGGAAGACCAUGAGGUACCCGAGUGGGUGUUUGUACUUAACGAUGAUGAUAGGAAGGGCAAAGCUUUCGAAAGCAAUGUUGAAUUAGGGAAGCGAAAAAGAAGGGACGGAAACUAUUACCCAGAUACGAUGAGCGACUUACAGUUCAUGAGGGCCGUGGAGAAUGAAGAAGACAUGGAAAAGAAGUUACCGAGCAAAAGGAGGAGAAAAGACCAUUUUCCAGUCGAUGAGAGCAAUGAGCUGGGUAGUAAUAACAUAGGAGUAGACUUCCGGAAUGACAAUAUGGCAGCCGUAAGUGAAGGAACAAGUGAAGAUACUACCUAUGGUUCAUCAGCUCCAAAGAAACCCGAAUAUCGGGUCGAAAGAUCUGAGCAUCAUGGUGGAGGAAGUUUAUGGAAUGAAGGAAUAAUUACAUGGAAUAGUAUUAAGAAGAAGAAGAGAUCAAGCUAUGUUUUCCCUAGUUCAUCGUCAGAUUCUAGAGGGCAGAAUUACAAUGGAAGAGGAAACGGAUGGGCUUGAAUUCUGAGGGUGGAAAUUUCCUAUUCCUGCAGACUCAAUUUAAUCCUAGAAAUGACUUUCCCUAGUGUGUUAUUGUGUAUGUACCAUUCUGAGGGUUUAAUUUCCCUCAUUAAAAUCUAGAUUAUGCAUUCACCAAUAAUAUGUGCCAUCAUGUAUUUUUC